AUGCAUAGCUCAUUCCUUGCUGCCAUCCUCACUGCCGCGCUUGUCUCCAGCGGUGCUCUGGCACUUCCUGCCGCCUUGGAAGCGAGGAGUCUCCCUACAUUUCCGGUGAACGGCCUGUCUUACAACGCUACCUCCUCUGCGUCGGAGCCGAAGCACUCACACACACCCAAGCCGGAUCAUCACUCGCACUCAAGCAGCUUUUCCAUUCCGACCGCAAAGCCCUCUGCUCCUGCUUUCCCUAGCGGAAACGCCUCGGUCCCUGUCCCGAGCGGUUCUGCGAGCACGCUGGUCCCUCCGAAGAGUCCUCCGACUCCUCGCGCUGAUGAAGUGCACUCUUUCAAUAUUACGACACAUUUCCCCGUCCCUACCUCUUCCCACCACCCUCACCCCCACCACCCCAACAAAACCUCCUCUGGCGUGACCAGCACUCCAAUCAAGCCUACUCCAUCCUCCAACGGCACGACCUCGUCUUUCCAUAUCCCCAGUGGCUCCGCCUCCGCCUCUGUUGGUGGUAGUUCAGGUUCUGCUUCGCUCAGUGGAUCUGCCAGUGCCGCUCCCACCCACUCUCGUCGUGCGGAAGAGGGGUGGCACAAGCAUCACCACGGAAAUGGUUCGCAUUCCGUGUGGCCUAGUGGGUCUGCGCCUGCGUUCCCCAGCGGCUCUGCUCCGGCGUUCCCGAGUGGGUCUGCCCCAGCCUUCCCGAGCGGUUCUGCACCGGCCUUCCCGAGCGGUUCUGCUCCUGCCUUCCCUUCCGGUAGCAAAUCCAGCGUAGCUCCCACUGCUCCCGCCUCUUCUUCCGCCAUCGCCAGUGCCAGCGCUACCUCUUCUUUCCCUGCUGCUUCAGCCUCCACCAGCGACUCCUCCAGCGCUGGCAGCAUCGGUGCUCGCGACUCGUUUCCUUCCCUCUCCCUUCCGUUCUCAACCCCCCUCCCUUCUGAUUUCUCAAUCCCUCUUCCUUCCGGUUCCUUCUCCAUUCCGUUCUCCCUUCCUCUCCCGUCUGGUUCCAACUCUCUCCCCUUCCCAUUCCCUCCUCACGCUAGCAGCAGCGUUCCCGUUCCCAGUGCUUCUGCCAGCGUUCCUGGCCCCAGUGGAUCCGAAAGCGUGCCUGGUGUCGCGACUGCCAGUGCCUCUGCUUCUGCUUAA